GCAAACGCUUAUGCGGAAGUCCUUGCGCAAGCAUGACACACAUAGAUUGAGAAAUGGUCCAAAUCGGGAAAAAAGGAAGUGCACUGUCCGUCUCCCAACGGUGCUGUGCUUCAAGACCUUGAAAGUUUGCGCAGCGUGGCGAAGAUCUCUCUCUCCUAGAACGGAUACGAAAUACGUCCGCACUGAAGGGGUCAGGUGGAGACAUCGUCGGACAGAGUUUGAAGCUGCGACCCGUUCGGGGAGGCAGGGGCGGGAAUCAAUCAGCCAACAGGAUGCGAGGUUAUUACAGCGAAAAGCCGAUGAGAGAAGAGUGGUCUCGAUGAGAUUUUGUAUGAAUGAUCCAGGCCAGUAAAUGCCAGACCAGAUUCAUUCAUGGCUGAAGGAAGGAAAUGAUGGUUCUGUCUUGCAUGUUCUGCUCGAUGUCGGACAAAGUGCUUCCCCGUAAUCUUUUGCCGACUCUGAUUGCCGCCGCUGCACGUGUACGGCUUCCAGGCCCGAUGCAGGUCCGUACGAUACCUUGCUUCCGUGCGCAGGCAUCUAUCAGCAGCCCUGAUGGCUGCGCAGGUUCGGCUGUGUGUUGCCGACUCGGUAGCGGUGAGGAAGCCAGGCCGGAAGUGGUGAGCUGCCUGCGUAUGGCGGGAGAAAACGCACGCCAGCCUUGGUCUCCCAUGUGUCUGAAGCAGAAACAACGCCUUCCUUCUCCGUUCGAUGACAGUUUGGCGGCACCACAAUCGUUCUUCUCUGGAAGACACCCGAUGCGAAGAAGAGUCGUUCACUUUACAACGCUUCUCCGAAGUUUCUCUGUCGCGCGUAACGCGGAGAAUGUGGGUGGGGAUCAUCUGUUUCAUCCCCUUGCAGGAAGAAGUGGAGCCACGUACACCCAGCCGCCGCCACCACCAUCGCCAUUACUGAGCGAUUUGCUAGCUGGAGAGAAUAUCUUCCUCCCUUCGUACGAGCCUGGGCAGUACCGGUUGGUCUGCCCGCUAUGCAAUGGGGGAUCAGACCAGGAGAAGAGUCUGGCUGUGAAAAUCACACAAGAUGGCGGGGCGGUUUGGAAAUGCCACAGAGCCAAGUGUGGGUGGGAUGGGGGUCUCAGAGACUAUGCAGGUCAAGAGGGAAGCAUGGAAAAUGCUGCAGGGCGGUGGAGUCCCUUGCAGCCCGCGAGCAGUGAAGGGGUGCUCUCUUCAUCUCCUCCUCCUCCGCCUUCUCCUCCUCCUCUUUGCAGCCUCCCCUCCGCAGGACGUGGACCGCCGAGGGCUCUGAUUGGACCUAAUGGAACGGGUGGUCCAGCUGGGCGACCACCUCCUCCUCCUCCUCCUCCUCCUCCUCCUCCUCCUCUUCCUCCCCCGCCUCCCCCCCUCUCUUUGGAGAAACUGGACCUCUGCCAGCUUGGCAAGAGGUUGUCGGACUUCCUGGCGGCGAGGGGAAUCAGUACGGAGACCAUGAGGCGCAAUGGCAUUGCCCAGGCCAACUCCUACUGCCCCCAGGACCGAAAAAAGGUAUUGGCUCUUGCAUUUCCCUACAGGCGCAGAGGACAGAUUGUGAACGUGAAGUAUAGGGGCCCUGAGAAGAAGUUUUGGCAGAUCAAAGGGGCGGAACGGAUAUUGUACGGCGUGGAUGACAUUGAGGGUUGCCGGGAGAUUGUCAUCGUGGAGGGGGAGAUCGACAAGCUCUCCGUGGAAGAAGCGGGAAUCACGAACUGUGUCAGUGUGCCGGAUGGGGCCCCGCCCAAGGUGUCGGCGGAAGGGUCGUUGCCUGCCCCUGAAGACGACAAAAAGUACGAGUACCUGUGGAACUGCAAAGAGUAUCUCGAACGAGUGGAGAGAAUUGUGUUGGCCACCGAUGCAGAUGCACCUGGUCAGGCUCUCGCUGAAGAGCUUGCGCGCCGCCUGGGCCGAGACCGGUGCUGGCGUGUGCAAUGGCCCCUCGGUCGGGACGGGACCGUUCUCAAGGAUGCCAACGAGGUCUUGCAGAAGGCUGGCGCCAGUGUUCUGCGAAGUUGUAUCGAGAAGGCCGAGGCGUAUCCCAUCAGAGGGCUGUUCAGAUUCAGCGAUUUUUUUGGGGACAUCGACGCGUACUAUCAUCUCACGGACCAGAACAAGGUCGGCCUCUCUACCGGCUGGAAGAGUCUCGACAAGUUCUAUCGUGUCAUCGCAGGGGAGUUGACGAUCGUCACAGGCGUCCCCAAUUCUGGGAAGAGCGAGUGGGUCGACGCUCUGAUGUGCAACCUGAACCGCACGAAGGGAUGGACAUUUGCACUGUGCUCGAUGGAGAACAGGGUGGAGGAUCAUGCGCGCAAGCUGCUGGAAAAACACGUUGGAAAGCCGUUCUUGAAUGCGGAGUAUGCAGGCUCUGUGCCCAAGAUGACAGCCGAAGAGUACGAGCACGGGAAGGCCUGGCUGAACAAGUCGUUCUUCCCCAUGAGGUGUGAAGAUGAGCAGAUCCCCUCCAUAGAUUGGGUGCUUUCAGUGGCCAGGCAAGCCGUGCUUCGCCUGGGAAUCAGAGGCCUCGUGAUUGACCCUUACAAUGAGUUGGACCACCAGCGAAUGCAGAGCCAGACGGAGACGGAGUAUGUUAGCAAGAUGCUCACCAAGGUCAAACGCUUUGCGCAGAUGACCGACUGCCACGUCUGGUUUAUCGCUCAUCCACGGCAGCUGAAAGAUUGGAGAGGCGAAGCUCCCAGCUUGUACGAUAUCAGUGGGAGUGCACAUUUCAUAAACAAAUGCGAUAACGGCAUAGUCGUCCACCGCUCUUACGACGAUUCCGCUGCAAAUGACCAGAAAGGGCUCGCCGACCCGGUGAAGAUCCUCGUACGGAAGGGGGCAUAUGACAGGAAGAUGGGGAUAGGGCGAGGAGAGGGGGAUAUGGAGAGGAGGAGGAGGUGGACGAGGAGGACGACGAGGAUAGCGAGGACAACGAGGAGGAGUCGAGAUGGGGGAGGAGAAGAGAUGGACGGAGGGAAAAGAGGAAGGGCAGGAGGAGGAGCACGAGUGGGAAGAGGAGACGUGGACGGCGAGGAAGGGGGAGGACACAAGGAAAGGGAGGACACGAGGAAGGGAAGGAGACGAGGAGGCAUGGAAGAUGAGGAAGUACGAGGAGGAGGAGGAUACAAGGAGGAUGAGGAAGGGCAGGAGGAGGAGGACGAACAGGAGGAGGAGGAGGAGGAGGAGGAGGAGGAGGAGAAAAGGAGAAGGGAGGAGGAGACAUGGAGGACGAGGAAGGGGAGGAAGAGCAAGCUAACAGAUGUCCCGGAGGACUAUUGGAACAGGUUCCACAAGUGAGCCCCCCAAGGUAGUGAUCUGGCUUGAGGCACAUCAUCAUUUUUCUGUCCACUAUCUGGGACAACCAUUCCAAAGAACCGAUCCGACUUCGUCACUCCACUAAGAGUAUGCUCGCCCAUUUUCACCCGAACGGAACGCCCCGUCACUACAGAUGUACCUGGCGGAACAUUCAAACCACCAGUAAGUACUUCCUAAGAUCGUGCCCGUUAACAAGCCAGCCACAAUUCUAGGAAACGUACCGGCCACUACAGGAGCGCCCAAAUUCAUCCGACUAGAAAUGUUUCUGCUCUAUUCUUUUUCCACCACCGAUAGCCGGGGCAAGUACUCGUGGUUUGAAGUCCAGAGACAGCCAUGAUGAUCAGAACGGACUCCUCUGGCCGCAAGCAACGUCCUGACUGCAACUACCAGUAGUAUUAUCAUUUUUAUGUCGUCCGGACUGCGAUUACGUACAGAAAUCUGUUGAAAAAGUCCUUAGUGCAGGUGUGCCUAAAAUGUUGUUAUGUGAGUGAGGUUACAUCUGGAUAAAUCUCUGGAGUUUUG